GCUUAUAGCGACAACCCACCUUCGCGAUCUGAUUUAUGUAAAAGUUAAAAAAAAAAGGUCCAUACUUUACUAUUAUUGAAUGACCAAAGCAAAGUAUGAUGCUGAGACUAUUGUCCUCCUUUAAAUAAAGGAUCAUCAACUUCGUUUCUCUGAGACUUGUGCCCACAGAGUCUUCUUUUCUUCAUCUGAGUUUCUUCUAUUUCAGGUGAGAACAAAAAAAAGAAUGGCGUUUGUGACUACUGCGGAAGUAUGUGAUGCGAAUCAAGAGAUGAUUCGUAGUGGCCAGCUCCGAGCUCUGCAACCCGUUUUCCAGAUUUAUGGUCGUCGUCAGAUAUUCUCAGGUCCAGUAGUUACUGUCAAAGUAUUUGAAGACAAUGGCUUAAUCCGUCACUUCCUCGAAGAGAAAGGCAAUGGAAGAGUUCUUGUGGUGGAUGGUGGAGGGAGUUUACGUUGCGCGAUACUUGGAGGAAACCCGGUAGUACAAGCGCAGAACAACGGAUGGGCAGGGAUCAUAGUGAACGGUUGCAUCAGAGACGUCGAUGAGAUCAAUGGUUGCGACAUUGGAGUAAGAGCUUUAGCUUCUCAUCCUAUAAAGGCGAGUAAGAAAGGACUUGGUGAACAAAGAGUGCCUUUGAACAUGGCUGGCACUCGGAUUUGCGAUGGGGAAUGGCUUUAUGCAGAUACUGAUGGUAUCCUUGUUUCCCAGAUCGAAUUAUCCGUUUAAUAAGUGUUGCAAGUGUUGUUGUUUUAGCUGCUGCUUUUUGAGCUUUGUCUUCCUUCUUUUAAUAUCGCUUCUUUGAUUUACAUAUGUUUGAGUUUGGGAGUUAAAUAAGAAAAUACUUUCUUAAAA